GAGCGGCAGGAAAUUGAAAACAGUCUACUUUUUAAAGAAUUAAAUAAAUCAACAAAGAAACAAGAUUUUGAAAACCUUGAUAGAUAUUUAAUUGUCUUAGGACUAUUGGCUCUUGCAGAACAAAGACUAGACGACUUCGAACAAAGACACUGGAUAGAACUCAUAAUAUUAAAACAAUUAAAAGCAGAUCCGGAAAUAAAACAGAAGUUUAAGCGAUCUCACUUUAACAUUGUUCGAAACUUAGAAGAAAGAGAUACUGAA